UUUAUAAAAUUCCACUUUAAUUAGCACUUUUAACUUUCAUAAAGACACACACACACACACUACUUUUUUCUCCUCCCACUUUUCAUUUUCUAGAAAAUUUCCUCUUCAAUUUCAGAAUCAUAUUAAAUCUGUACAAUUAUUCACUGCAGGCUCAAGAAAUGGAGAGAAAUUAUGAUCAAAGGCUAAAAUUCUUGUUCUUCAUAGUGAUGGUAAUUGCAUCAAGAAUUGAGCUUUUAGCAUCUGCCGAUGAUGACGUCACUACUCCGGCAACCACCACCUGGGUCGGAUCCAAGUACCAGAUUGAUUGCACAAUGUGCUCAGCUUGCGACAACCCAUGCAACACGCCGUCGCCACCGCCGCCGUCUCCGCCUCCCGCCGCCGCCACUCUAUGCCCCCCACCACCGUCUCCACCUAGCUCAGGCGGCGGCACCACCAACUACAACUCACCACCACCGCCGCCGCAAACACCUUACUACGGUUACUACUCACCGCCACCUCCUGCCGGCGGCGGCGGAAACUACCAACCGCCCCAGAUUUACCCCACCGGGGCGGCGCCGCCGCCGCCGAACCCAAUUGUGCCUUACUUCCCUUACUACUACCAUAUCCCUCCACCAUCAUCAAAUUCUCCACCGCCAUUGAAGAAAAUUCGAUCAGCUUUCCUCACAAUUAUUACCACUUUGCUUUUUCUUACCAUCUUUUAAUAAAGGAAACCUUUUUACAAUAAAAGUCGGAUUCGCAGAUCUUCAAGCUUGCUGAGGAGUGAAUUUCCAGAAAUACCCUUGAUGAUCAUCAUCACCAUCCAAGCAACUCAAGAAAUUAUGGGGGGUAAAUCUGUAAAUUCUUAUAAUUUGGGUCCAAUUUCUGUUAUUUAUUAAAUUUUUUUUUUAUAUAGGAUUGUAAGAAAAUGAGUCAAUUAAUUAUUACAAAGGUUAAUAUUUCCGUUAUAUAUGGCUGGUUAAAAAGUUUAUUAAUUUAAUUAUUUUGGUAUUUAA